AUGACCGUGAAGUUGAACUUCGAGGAGUGUCAGGACUCGCCCUGGUUCAGGGCGGCUGUAGAAGAGGCCGAGUCCGACGUGGCCGAAUCCGAGACCCACCUGGAGAAGGUGUCCAAACUGUGCUGGGCGGCAUUGGAGGCCGGGCGGGUUCUGGAAUGUUCCAGCCGCGCCUUCUCCGCGGGGCUCAGGGAGCUCGCGGGGACCCCCCGGGGGGGCCCCCUGGUGAAGGAGGCCCUGGAGAGGUUCUGUGACUCCCUGGAGCAGAUGAUGGACAGCCACGAGGAGCUGCGGAGCUGCACCCAGAGCGCCCUCAGGAGGCACCUCCAGCCCCUGCUCCGGGAGGGUCUCCGGGGUCUCCGCUCGCUGGGCCGGGACCGUGCCCGUGCCCUGGACGCCCUGCAGGGGGCGCUGCAGCACCACGCGGAGGUGCCGCGACGGCGCCCCCUGGAGGCUCAGGAGGCGGCGGCGGCGCUGGGCGGGGCCAGGGGCGUGGCCAGAGCCCGGGGGCUGGACUACGUCCUGCAGCUCAACGUGAUGGAAGACAAGAAGAAAACGGAGAUUCUGCAGUUCGUGCUGUCGCUGCUCGAGGCUCAGGCCGCGUUUUACACCCGCGGCCACCAGGGGGAGAUCGAGACCCGCGACUUCCGGGGCCACCUGGGGGCGCAGCUGGAGCGGUGGGAGCUGGAGGGGGCGCGGCGGCAGCGGGACCUGGAGCAGCGGCACCACCUCCUGAUGCAGCAGGACCUAUCACAGGAGGCGGUGGGCGGGGUCUUGGAGGAGGCGGGGCCUGAGGCCCCGCCCAUGGAGGGUUACCUGUACAAGAGAGCCAGCAACGCCUUCCGCACCUGGAGCAGGCGCUGGUUCUUCAUCAGGAACAACCAACUGGUCUACCUGAAACCGGGCCCGGGUGGGACCCCCACGGUGGUGGUGGAGGAUCUUCGGCUCUGCACCGUCAAACCCUGCCACGACCUCAGCAGCCGCUUCUGCUUCGAGGUGCUCUCACCCUCCAAGUUGUGUGUCCUGCAGGCGGAUUCGGGGGGGCAGCAGCGCCGGUGGCUGCGGGCGGUGCAGACGAGCAUCGGCAGGGCCUUCACCCUGAGCCCCCCAAAACCUCCCGGCCAAGCCCCCGAGAGGGCGUGGUCGGUGCCGGGGUCGGGGGGUCCCACCCGUGGCCCCCCCCCCGAGUGGGAGGUGCUGGGGGCGGUGCUGGGGCCGGAGGGCAACGGGAGCUGCUGCGACUGCCGAGCCCCCCACCCCGAGUGGGCCAGCGUGAACCUGGGCAUCACCCUGUGCAUCCACUGCUCGGGCAUCCACCGGAGUUUGGGGGUUCAUCUCAAGGUUCGCUCGCUGACGUUGGACUCGUGGGAGCCCGAACUGGUGAAGUUGAUGUGCGAGUUGGGGAACGGGGUCCUGAACGGCAUCUACGAGGCCAGGGUGGAGGAGAUGGGGGUGAAGAGACCCCCCCCCGGCUGCUCCCG